AUGGAUCGAGUGACCAGAUAUCCCAUCUUCAGCAACCCCCACUCAGCACGUGUCACCAGCUUGGCACUGGAUGACGAAGAUACCAGCUAUACGGCUGAGCUAGUGGGCAUGGGGCCUGAGGCUGGCUGGAGCCAGGGUGAGCUGCAGGCCUGGUCCACUGAGUACCAGACCAGGCCAGAUGUGAGGAGAACAAGCAUGUCUUCCACCAGACUCGUCUUCCUUGGCCAGCAGUCUCCAAGGUCACUGUACUUGGAAGAUGAGGAUGAGGAGAUGAAGGCUUACCACCUGGACAACAGCAGCGAUGCCCUCUGCAGGCGGCCAAGGGACCUGGAGGCUGAGCGCCGGGCAGUCAGGAAGGGUGGCACGGUGGCCACACUCCAGGCUGCAUCAGACCAUGGAGACCCCAGGAUAGCCAGCCAGCCUCGGUCCACAUUCACAGAGGAGAUCUUGGUGGACACAGAGCAAAUUGAUUUCCUGGCUGCUCGACAGCAAUUCCUGAGUUUAGAAAAGGCAAACACGAACCCCGUCACAUGGAGCCCCACAGCCAGGGAGACCUUUGCACGUACCCCACCAGGCAUCAACCAGGCCCCCAAGACCUCCACUGGUCCCCACCUAGCCAAUGGCUAUGCCAUUUCUGUCAUGUCACCAAAGAAGGAAGUAACCUUGGAGAAGUCUUUCCAUGUGUCCCCAGCUAGAUCUAUUCAUAUAGCCAAUGACCCCAUCUUCCAGACCCGAGCAGAGUCCCCCGAGACCCCCAAAGAGACGCCCAUUGAGAGAGAGAUCAGACUGGCCCAGGAGCGAGAGGCAGAGCUAAGGGAACAGAGAGGGCUUAGGCGGGCUUCCGGGCACCAAGAGCUGGUACAGAUCCCCAGCAGACCACUGCUUAGCAAGAUGAGUCUGACAGAGACACCCCCACGGAGAGACAGGGGCCGCCCAUCCCUCUACGUGCAGAGGGACAUGGUGCAAGAGAUACAGCGAGAAGAAGACCAUCGACGAGAGGGUCUGCAGGUAGGCAGGGCAUCCACACCUGACUGGUCUUCCCAGGACCCUCAGCCUGGGCUCCAGAGAAGCCUGAGCUCUGAUUGCAUCCUCAGCCCAGAUGCCCGAGCCACAGACCCAGUUCCAGAGGCUAGGAAAAUUAACCGGAUCCCACUGGAUGCCUACCAGCCGUAUCUGGGCCCCGGGACUCCCAAACCAGAAUUCUCAGCCUUCGGAGUAUAUAGCAAGCCAAGUGGUGUCUCCGCAGAAGACACCAAAGCCACUGCCUUCCGGAAGGCCACAGAAUCUCCAAGGCACGUCUCAGAAUCCUCUGGAAGAAGUCUGAGCUCAAAACAAGAGCGGUCCAAGCCUUCUGGAAAGCCUGCCAAUGGGGGUGUCGUGAGAUUGGGGAAUUUCCACCUGCGUCCACUGCGAUUCAAGGUCCCAGAUGUCUCCCAGGGGGCUGAGACCUCCCAUACCUGGGGCUGGGAAGUGGCCGGAGGCCCUGUGUUGAGGCUACAAAAGUCACAGUCAUCUGACCUGCUAGAGAGGGAGAUGGAGAGUGUCUUGCGGAGGGAGCGAGAAGUGGCUGAGGAACGAAGGAAUGCCUUCUUCCCAGAGGUGUUCUCGCCAGUGCUGGACCAGGAGGAGAGCCAUGAGCAAGACUCCCGGAGCUCCUCCCGGGCAUCGGGCAUCACCGGCAGCUAUUCAGUGUCAGAAUCACCGUUAUUCACCCCCGUUCACCUGACUUCGGGCCUGGUGUGGAAGGUGGAAACUGCAAAGGACGGUGCUCCACCAGAGCAGAAGACAAGGAAGGAGAUGUGGUAUGCAGGUAUCAAUCCCUCCGAUGGUGUCAACUCAGAGGUUCUGGGAGCCACCAGGGUAAAGCGACAUAAGAAUCUCUUGGCGGAACGCUGGGAAGCACACAUCUAUGCCAGCGAGGAUGAAAACUGAGACUGGAAACAGGCGCCCAUUCCCCCGUCCUCUGGAAGCUGCCAGACCUGUCCCCAGUCUCUGCUGUCAGGUCCCUAUUUAAACACACAGCCCAGGCUGAUGUUUGUGGCCUGCAGUUGGUUUGGUUUUCCUGGGGUGGGCGUGUGUUUCCCGUUUGGGAGUGGUUCUCAGCUGAGGCUAAAAUGAUAAUCCGGCCAGGCUUCUGUGUAGCUAAGACUUUCCCAAAUGCUCUGGGGUUCAAGGAGGAAACAAGGCUGCCCACCAUGGGAUGUGAGACCCUGGGAGGUGUGGCUCCACCGCUCCCCUCACAUCCCUCAGCCCCUCAGCAAGGUGCAGAGCCUAGAUCUGUCACUGUGCAGAAAGAAAGCUCUGUUUGGGGACCUGCCGUUCCAGUCUCGCCAACCCCAAAUAUGUCCUGUGGCUCUGAAAUAAACCUGUCCUGAGCUGCCUGCCUGGAGUGGAGGGUGCAUCACAGCAGACUCCA